AUGGAUUCGAUUACGACAAGUACUUCUGACAUUCCAAUUAAUCAAGGUAAUAAUAGAUCAAUAAAUCGUAGGCUUUCAGCCCGAUUUCCUUCAUCGAAAGAUGCCACGUACCCUGAUGACAUAGGUAAUGAAUUCGGGUCAAGGAAUAGAACGUUGAAUAGAAAUGCAAGUAAAGCUCAAAGAGGAAGCCCUAGUACGAAAUUUGACCCUUCAAUGUCAAUGAGAAGAUCUGAGACGGGUAGUGAAUGUGAAGAGGACGAGUCAGAAGAAGAAGAAAAUGAAGAAGAGAGCGCGGAAGAAGGAGAGGAAACAAAAGAAGGAGAGGAACCGGUUAGAAUGUCAUUGAUGGCAUUAUUAGCGGAGUCAGAAGGUUCAUCAUACAUGAUGGGAGAGGACGAGGACGACGAUGAGGACGAUGGUGGUGGUGAUGUUGGUGGAGAUAACUUAAAUAAUUGUUGUGUUUGUCAAGUUAGACAUAAAGGUGCAGCAUUUGUACCUUGUGGACAUUCAUUUUGCAGGUUAUGUUCAAGGGAACUUUGGGUUGAAGGAGCUAAUUGCCCACUUUGCAACAAUUUCAUAUUGGAAAUUCUUGACAUUUUCUAA